AUUAGUGAUGUAACGAAUGUGCGAUUUUAGAUAUUCGCGAAUGCGAAUGCGAAUAUCUGUUACCGACAUUCGCGAAUGCAAAUGCGAAUGCGAAUAUUGACUUGCACGAACCUAUCGGUUCGGUGCAGCCAGUUGGCCCGCGCGUAAGACUACAGCGCUAGUGUAGCAGUAGCAGUGUCUUGCCGGAACGCAGUCAUUGUUUACGUUUAUGAGUUUUAUUUUGUAUAGUACGUAUUAUUUAUUUACGUAAUAUUAUUUAUUUGCGUAAUAUUUACAUAUUACGUAAUUACGUAUAGUAUCUAAAGUGCUUACAGAAUACAUCAUUGAAAAUGAGCAAAAAUAAUUCAAGUCCAAUUUGGACUUAUUUUUUACUCUCUGAUACUGAUCAUGCAAAAUGUAGAAUUUGCAACAAAUUAAUCUCGCGCAAAGGGCGUACAACUAGUGCAAUGCAAAACCAUAUGAAAUCAAAACACAAACAAGAGUUUAGCAAUCUAGAAGAGCUCAAAAAUAAAAAACGAGAAGAACUUACUAUUUUGUCUAAUUUAUCACCGCACCAGAUGUCGAGAAAAAAUGAACUUAAACAAUGUUCUAUUGUCGAGUGCAUAAAAAGGAUAAAAAAAUGGGAUAACAAGAACUCGAAGUCUCUUCAAAUUGAUCAAUUGAUCAGCGAAAUGAUCGCAUUGGAAGAUUUACCUUUCAAUUUCGUCGAAAGUUUAGGAUUUCGUAGAUUGAUACAGCAUCUUUGUCCUUCAUAUAACCUCAAGACACGUUAAUAUUUUACAACAUUUUUGUGUAAUCAAAUAUAUUCGAGAGUAGAAGAGAAGGUGAAAGAACUACUAAAACAGUUCGAGAAGAUGGCAUUUACAACAGACUUAUAGUCGGAUUCUUCUUCUGGGGUGUCCUUAUUAAGUUUGACCUGUCACGGAAUUACACACAAUUAUGAAAGAAAAUUGAUAAUUUUAAAAGCAGAGGUAUUCAAUGAUGGUCGCCACACGGGCGAAAAUAUAGCCGCGAAAAUUGAGAAAAUGUUAUCUUUCUGGGAUAUACCUAUAAAGAAAGUUCUUUGUAUAAUAAGAGAUUCUGAUUCGAAUAUGAAAAAAAUAUGUCUUUAUUACAUGUGAAAGAUAUAGAUUGCACAGCCCACCAAAUACAACUUAUAGUUAAAAAUGGAAUAAACGCACAAGAGAUGAUAGGCGACUUAAUAAAAAAAUGUAAAAAAAUAUCGAUGCAUUUUCAUCAUUCAAACACCGCCCAGGAUGAAUUAAAAGCAUUGCAAGAAAAACUUGACCAGCCAAAGCUCCAUGUAUUAUAGGAUUGUUCUACAUUAUUCUACAAGAUGGAAUAGCGUGUUUUACAUGAUACAGAGAAUUUUACAAAUUAAAGACUCAUUAUGUCUUUACGCAUCUUCUAACCAUAAGAUCUCUCAGCUUACAUCUCAUGAUUAGGUUGUUCUAGAAAAACUGAUUAAAUUAUUAAAACCAUUCAAGGAGAUGACAAGGGAGCUCAGUAGUGCUAAUGUUUCAAUUUCGUCUGUGAUUCCAUUAAUAUCCUCUUUGAAAAAUAUAAUUGACAGUCUAGAUGAAACAGAUCGAGAAAUUGGCAAAAAUAUAUGUGUUUUAAAGUAUGAACUAGUAUGUAGAUUUUCUCAUUUAGAAAAUGAUGUUUUAUUCACAACAGCAACUUUAUUGGAUCCGCGAUAUAAAUUAAAAUUUUUUGGAAAUCCCGCUUAUGUUAAAAAUCAUGUUAUACAAAAUAUUCUUCACAUAUACAAAGAAAGGGAGUUUUGCAUGAAUUCAGUUCAGGAGACUAUUGUUAAACGUAAAAAAGUAAGUAACGAAGAACCCCAAUCAAGUACGGAACAUCUAAGAAAAUGCACAUCUUUAAAAGAGUCAAUGGCUUUACUAAUGAAUUCAAGCGAUAGUGAAGACGAACAAAUUACCAACAAAAGCAAUCAUUCUGAAGUUUUGUUAAAAAAAUGUAUCGCGGAUUACUUAUCAGAAAAACGCAUAAACAGUGAUGCAGAUCCACUACUGUGGUGGAAGACUAAUAAAAAAUAUGCAUUUUUAUCCGAUAUGGCAAGACAAUUGUUAUACAUUUCACCCACUAGCGUCCCUAGUGAGCGAUUUUUCAGUGAGGCCGGUCUACUUUACAUGCCUCACCGUAACAGAUUAGACGGAGAAAAAGCGUCAAAACUUCUUUUUUUUAAAUUUAAUAUGCCUUUACUUGAAUUUAAUUAUUAAUUUUUUAUUACAGUUCAUUGACUUCAUUGGAAUGUCGCUAAAAGUCAAUUCCAAAUAUUAAUCUAUAUUAACGUUCUUUCUUCUAACUUAAAUAUUAGUAGAAAAAUAUAAAUAUUUUAUUUAUUUCAUUAUUUUUAUCAGAGUAGAAGAAAUAAGAUAAUUUUGUUUUUG